AUGUGUCUUGAUAUCGUUUCAGUUAAUGAAGUUCACAGUAAGUAUCAGUGCAGUUAUCAGGCUCUUCUCGACCACUUGAAUCUGACCAAAGACAAUCCUAAAUACACGGUGAGCCGGCCUGUUCAGCAGCACAGUUCUGUCACAACGAUAUACAUUUUGAUGAGGAUCUACGCCAUCCUCGAUAUGAGAGAGACCGACCAAACUUUCAUUUCCUACAUGUGGAUUCUUUUGGACUGGGAAAAUGAGCACAUUUCUUGGAAUCCACCUGACUUCUGUGGACUUGAACAUCUCAUAGUUCCGACUGAAUUUUUGUGGGUGCCAGAUUUAACCAUUGAAGAGAUGACAGAGAAGGACAAAGCCCCUCCAAGUCCUUACCUCAAAAUUCACUCUUACGGCUGGGUUGAAUAUAGAAACGACCAGGUGGUGGUCAGCACCUGCAAGAUGCACGUUUAUAAAUUCCCCUUCGACGUUCAGAGCUGCAACAUCUCCUUCAAGUCUAUCUUGCACUCUGAUAACGAAGUCAAAUUAUUAUUCAACACAAACAGCACACAGAUCACAGAGUGGUCUCGUAGGGUGAUGCGGACGCAGUACGAGUGGCUGUUCCUCAACCUAACAGCCAACAAAAAAACUAACUACAUGUUUGGUCUCAACCAAACCACGAUUGUUUAUGUUAUCACCAUGAAGCGGAGGUCUAUCCUCUACGUUGCCAACUUCUUGCUGCCUGUUCUCUUCUUCUUGUGCCUGGACAUGGCCUCCUUCCUGAUCUCCCACCGAGGUGGCGAGAAGCUCAGCUUCAAGGUGACUGUGCUGCUCGCCGUCACAGUGAUGCAGCUUAUUCUCAAUGAAAUUCUGCCCUGCUCAUCAGACAAGAUCCCACUAAUAGCGAUCUACUGCAUUGGAGUUUUUGGUAUGAUGCUGAUCAGCCUCAUGGAGACUAUUUUUGUGAUGUAUCUGAUGGAGAAAGACUUCAAGGACGAUGAGACAGACAGAGACCGAAGCCUGGAUAAGAGCUGUGAGGACAAACUGGGCAAAGGCAACUUCCACAGCUGUUUCAGAGGAAUAAAGGAAUGGGCUCAAUGUGCAUCUGCAAAUGAUGCAUCUGCUGAUGAGACAGUUGUGCCCAAAGAGGGCAGCAGCAGCCAGCUGACCGAGGUGUCUCUUGCCUUGGAAAAGGUCUCAGGUGAGCUUGGGGAGAUCGACAGAACAAUGAGUCUACUCAGCAGCAGCAAGGACAAGAAAGAGCCCGGCUACUGGACCAGGAUGGCAAAGAAAAUCGACAAGGCUUUCUCAGUUAUAUACGUCAUAUGUGCUGCUCUGUUUUUAGUUAUCAUCUUCACAAUGUGGGUGGUUCCAGAUGACGACGAGCAGUAA